UGACGACACCGACGACGCUGUGGAGGAGGGAGGCAAAGCGGAAAAGGCGGGGCCAGCAGCGGAAGUGCCGUUAGCGGCGUCUUAGUUGCCAUGGAGCCCGGACCAGCCAGAGACCGCCGCUCCUCCAAGUCUGGAUCCUACGCGUUCGCGGGGGCAACAUGGACGACAACCUCGCGUCUGCCGCGGAUCUGCAGCCCCAGCCAGUCCGUCUGGCUGUCCUCCCUCGCUUACCCCGAGUCUUUCCAUCCCAGCUUCAGGAGUCGGCCCCGCCGCUUCUCGCUGCCCACGCUCCCACAGCUGCCGGAGCCGCAGCUGCUGCGCCUGCGCCCCACCUCCCUGCGCACCCAGGACAUCUCGCACCUGCUCACCGGCGUCUUCCGGAAUUUGUACACGGCCGAGGUGUUCGGCGACGACGUGAGCACAAAUCUGAUCAAGGCCCGCGGCAGCGAGGAUGAGGUCCACGAGGAGUUCGUGGAUGAGCUGCAGCAGAUUCGGAAGCUCUAUAAGCAGCGGUUGGAUGAGUUUGAAAUGUUGGAGAGACAUAUCAUUCAGGCCAGUGCACGGACCAUCGCGGAGAGAGAGCGGACCAUGCACCCAGCCAAAGUCCAGGAACUUGAGCCCAGCAUCAAGAUGCCUCCAGUGAAGACUAUCUUCAGAUGGUGCGUGGACAACAAGUUGCUACAGAAGCAUCACUUGAUCUGCCCGGACGAUUACUACAGCGAUCCAGUGCCAUUUUGCUCUGCGCCCAAAGGCAGCUGCGAGCCUGGAUAUUUGAAACUGACCUUCAGUUGUGAGCAGCAUGCCACCCCGAAGAAAGAGUGGACCAAGAAGCCCGCAGCGCCGCCCUGCAGGAAGCUUCCCAGGAGGCCUGAGGACGAGUCCGACUACACCUUGGACAGCCUGACCUGGGACUCACCCUUAAAGGCCAAAGACAGGACCACGGAAACUGCCAAGAAAGCAGGUCCGCCGACGAAUAAGAGCUGGAUGAACCACCUGCCGAUGCCCCAGAGGAGACUGGAGCGGCUCCUCCUGGCCAAGAUGGAGAACCGGACCUGCUUCCUGAGAAACCCGCGCUUCUUCCCUCCGAACACGCCCCGUGGAGGCAAGUCUCUCAUCUUCCCGCCCCGGAAGCCGGAGGGAGAAUUCCAGAGUGAAGAGCUGAGCUCUGCUGAUGUGCCGGUGUUCAUCGCUAACCCACCAGUCAUCUUUUUCACAGAUUAUGAAAUUGGAAAAGUGUAUGAGAUGGUCAUCUCCCUGCAGAACACCACCUCGACCAGCCGCAACCUGCGAGUCAUCCCGCCCGCCACUCCGUACUUCUCUCUGGGAUUGGGAAUGUUCCCAGGAGACAAUGGAAUGGUGGCUCCUGGAAUGAUCUGCCAGUACACUGUCCAGUUUUUCCCCGACUGCCUGGGGGACUUUGAUGAUUUUAUUGUGGUUGAGACCCAGUCAGCCCACCCACUCCUGAUCCCCCUGCAGGCCCGGAGGCCGCCCCCAGUGCUGACGUUGUCGCCGGUGCUGGACUGUGGUUACUGCCUCGUCGGGGAAAUGAAGGUGACCACUUUCCUCUGUAAGAACGUGGGCUGCAGCGCCGCCAAGUUCUGUGUGAUCCCCGAGAAGACCUGGCCGCCCACGAGUUUCAGGGCCAUCACAAUCUCUGGCUUCGCUGAGCACCCUCCCUUUGGGAUCAUGCCUUCGGUGUUCGAGCUGGCUCCGGGGAAGGAGAUACUAAUGGAGGUCUGGUUUCUCCCAACGAGCUUUGGGAAGGCAGAGCAGACCUUCGUGAUGGCGUGCGACAACUGCCAGAUAAAGGAGCUGGUGACGUCAGGAAUGGGGCAGCUGGUUGCUUUGGAGCUGGUCUAUAUUUCUGGGGAGAAAAGCCAGCCAGAGCCUGGAGAGCUCACGGACUUAACAGCCCAGCACUUCAUACGCUUUGAGCCUGAAAACCUUCAGUCCACAGCGAGGAGGCAGCUGCUUAUUAGAAACGCUACGCACGUGGAGCUGGCCUUCCACUGGCAGGUCAUGGUGCCCAACCUGCAGGCCCUGAUGCCCGGAGAGACCUACAGCCCGGACAGGAUCAAAAGCUGCCCCGACAGGGACACGGCCUUCGCCAUGACCCCCGAGCGGGGCACCCUCAACCCCUUCGCGGACCACGAGUUCAUCCUGAGCUUUUCCCCUCACCAGGGGCCGGCCCUCGUCAUCAGCGUCUCGGCCCUGCAGUUCGGGUUGCUGCGCCUGGGGCACAAGGCCACCAAGUGCGUCCGCAUCCAGAACACCAGCCCGCUCUCGGCCACGUGGCUCCUGAAGGAGAGCGCGGUCUGCCUGGAGGAGAGGCAGGAGGAUGUGUCUCCUUUCGACAUUGAGCCCUCCGGCGGCGAGGUGCACCCUCUGGGGGAGUGCAGGGUGAACAUCACCUUGGAGGCUCGUCAGGCCCAGUGUCUGCAGACGGUCCUGGUGCUGGAGGUGGUGAACGGGCCCUGGAGCUACCUCCCUGUGUACGCCGAGGUGCAGGAGCCCUACAUGUACCUUCAGAGCAGCCAGGUGGUGGUCAACAACCUCUACCUGGGCGUGCCCACGAAGGCAGACAUCACACUCAUCAAUGGCACGCUCCUGCCCACCCGGUUCCACUGGGGCAAGCUCCUGGGGCACCAAGCAAGCUUCUGCAAAGCAAAAGUCUCCCCCAGACGUGGCAAAGUGGGCCCCGGUGAGGAGUUCCAGCUCACCCUGGAGCUGACCGCUCACACCCAGGACGAGCUGACCGAUCUGGCCCUCCCUUGCACUGUGUCAGGCAUGAAGGAGCCGCUGGUUCUGGGCAUUUCUGGGAAACCCCAGGGACUGCAAGUGAGCAUCACCAUCCCUGCGGAGGGCGCCGCUAGAAGUGUUCCCAGCACAGAGCCCGGCCACACGGAGGAGCUCCGCCUGGACUUCGGCCCGGCAGUGCCACUGAGGACCUGCGUGAAUCGCCAGCUCGUCCUGACCAAUCGCUCCCCGAUCCAGACCUUCUUCACCCUCAAGUUCAAGUACUUCGGGAGCCCUCUGAAACGCCUGAGCCAGAAGCCCAGCAUCCCCGAUGUGUCCCCUGCCCUGCUGAAGACGGAUCGGAUUCGCCAGCAGUUGGCCAAGCGAGAGCAGCUGGAGUUCAUGGAAAACAUGUUGUCUCACGGGAAAGGAGCAUCCUUCUUCCCCCACGUUUCCCAGGGCAAGCUGGACGCCCACCAGCAGCUCUGCGUUGACAUCACAGGCUGCGCGAACAUGUGGGGCGAGUACUGGGACAGCCUCAUCUGCAAGGUGGGAGACCUGCCGCCCUCGGUCAUCCCGGUGCACAUGGUGGUGGUGGGCUGCCCCAUCAGCUCUCUGAGGACCAACUACAGCGCUGCCCAGUUCCAGAAGGAGCCUGUCCUCAGGUUCAGCACCCAGGUCUCUGGAGGAGAGACAGUCACCCGUGUCCUGCGCCUGAAUAACUCCAGCCCCUGUGACAUCCGCCUGGACUGGGAGACCUACGUGCCGGACGAGAGGGAGGACCAGCUGCUGGAGCUGCUGGUGUUUUACGGGCCCCCUUUCCCGCUGCGGGACCAAGACGGACGCGAGGUCCUGUGCCCCGAGACCCAGGAGAGCAGCAGCUCCUCCCAGUCCCCAAGUGUCUCUAAGGAGUCGUCCUCCAGCCCAGAAGAGGCCCAUUCUGCCGAGAGCAGCGCCAGCGCCAGCGCCAGCGACAGGGCCAAGCACAUCAUCUCGGUUGUCCUGCAGGAGCACGAGGGGGUGCCCUCGGACCACCUGUACCGCAUCAGCCCCAAGCAGGUGGUGGUCCCUGCCGGGGGCAGCAGAGCCAUCUCCAUCUCCUUCACGCCCAUGGUCCUCGGCCCCCACGUGCUGCACAAGGUGGAGUGUGCUGGCUACGCCCUGGGCUUCAUGAGCUUGGACAGCAAGGUGGAAAGGGAGCUUCCAGGGAGGCGGCGGCGCCUGCAGGACUUGGCCGUGGGACCCCUGAGGCUGGACCUGCAGGGCUUCGUGAGGCCCGCACAGCUAAGCGUGGAGCUGGACUACGGCGGCGGCACGCACUUCCGGCUCCAGGCCAGUGACCUCAUCCCCGAGCAGCCCUGUGCUGGGGUGCUGAGUGAGCUGGUGACCACCCACCACCUGAAGCUGACCAACACCACGGACAUCCCGCACUACUUCUGGCUCCUGGUCUCCAGGCCCUUCUCCGUUUCUCCAGAUGGAGCUAGCCGCGGCCACGGGGCUCCUGGCGCUGGCCAGGAGCAGGAGGGUGAGGAGGGGUCGGCCGCAGCCGGCAGGCAGCUGGUGCUCCACCCGCAGGAGAACAUGCUGGUGGACGUGUCCUUCUCGCUCUCCCUGGAGCUGCUCUCCUAUCAGAAGCUCCCGGCUGACCAGAUGCUGCCCGGAGUGGACAUUCGGCAGAGCGGGAGUGGAGAGAAAGAGAUGGUGUUUACCCAGAAUCUGCUCCUGGAGUAUGCCAACCAGACCACCCAGGUGGUGCCCCUGCGGGCCACUGUGGUGGUGCCCGAGCUGCAGCUCUCCACCAGCUGGGUGGAUUUCGGGACCUGCUUUGUGAACCAGGAGCGAGUCCGGGAGAUCUACCUGAUGAACCUGAGUGGCUGCCGGAGCUACUGGACUGUGCUGAUGGGCCAGAAGGAGCUGGACAAGGAGCCUGCGGCCUUCAGGGUCUCCCCGAGCAGUGGGCUGCUGGAGGCACGAUCUGUCAACGGGCCUCCCACCUCCAUCAUCCUGCAGGUUCUCUUCACCGCCAGGAGCAAUGAGCUGUACGAGUCCACGCUGGUGGUGGAAGGCAUGCUCGGCGAGAAGGCCUGCACCCUGCGGCUCCGGGGCCGAGGCUCUUACGAUGAGAGAUUUGUGCCGCCCUACCAGCUCUGAGGCUCCGCCCUCAGAGCCACCGCGCCCCCAGCCAACAUGGAAAUAAACAUGGCCCAGAGCUCAGGACAGGUGUGCUGUGCAGGGCACACGCUGGA